AUGGGCAGCGCUAACAGAAGACUCUUGAUCCUUGUACAGGUUGAAAGUCUGUACAAGACUGAUGGUGUGAAGCAGGUGAAGCCUCACUUGAAAAAGUGCUUUGAAGGAAUUGCUAGUGUGGAGUUUACCGAAGUCUUGGAUAUCACGCACAUGAAAAGCAGCGAAGGAGAAGUCAUAGCCCUCAUUAACACAAUAUCAACAGCUAAAGCUAGAGGUCAAGUGGAAAAAUGGCUAGUUGAACUGGAAGCAGCGAUGGUCAACUCCAUCCACAAGGUGAUUGGUUAUGCGAUAGAAGCCUACCCAAAAUCUCUCCGUAUAAACUGGGUAAGGGAUUGGCCUGGACAAACAGUUCUGUGUGUAUCUCAGACUUUCUGGACCUUGGAGGUCCAAACAGCUAUUAAAAAUGGCCAGCAGGCACUUGAAAAGUACCUGGAACAGUGCAACGGGCAGAUUGAUGGCAUUGUCACACUGGUGCGAGGGACGUUAUCAAAGCAGAAUCGAGUAACUCUCGGCGCACUCGUCGUGCUCGAUGUUCAUGCUCGGGAUGUUCUGGCAACUCUAGUAAGCAAACAUGUCAAUGACGAGACCGACUUCGAAUGGCUGAGCCAGCUUAGGUACUACUGGGAGGAGGGGCAUCUACAAACAAAGAUGAUCAAUGCCGGUUUGCGGUAUGGAUAUGAAUAUCUCGGCAAUACCCCUAGGCUGGUUAUUACCCCAUUAACGGAUAGAUGCUACAGGUAA